AAUGGACCUAGACUUCAUUUUUUUCCCUGCUCCAAAGCAAAUAUCCAAUGAGCAUGAACAAGGACAAAUAUUAUGGAUUCCCAAGUACAAAAAACUUUAUCCGACCUUCUAAAAUUACGUCCCCAGAACAACAAAAAAACGAGGAAUGUACUUUAAGUAGAGUGAAUUGGAAUUUGAAGAUGAGCAUUUCUUUAAUGAAGAACCCACGUAAUCUUUAUUUAUUCAACUCCAAUAGCGAAUCUCAAUUAUAACCCAUCCCUAAUUUUCCUUGCAAACCUCUUACUUAGAGGUAGAGAAGAAGAUAAACUAGUGAAAUUAAUUCACCCUCAUUUGAUUCUAACGAGGGAAGUCCUGAUGUUUCAUCCAAAUUGUAAAAAUUAAACAUGCAAUCCAUUUAAAUUACAACCAAAAAGCCUCAAUUGUGUAGGAUGUCAUCCAAUUUCUAUCCAAUCAAAAAAACCAAAUACGAAAAAAGCAUCUGUUUCAGUCAACCUCUCAUUAAAUUGCCCAAGGAAUUAAUUGAUAAAAAGAAAGAAAAAUUAUUAGAAGAUGAACCCAUCCCUCCAAGAUCCAACUCCAGAGAAUCACAUCAUAUCUUCGGACAUAUCCCAUGCAUGUAUGUAGAUUCAAGAAUUCAUUCUCCCAACAUUGUAAUGUAUUUCCAUGCCAAUUGCGAAGAUAUAACUUAAUCAUAUAAGUUCCUUAUUCAUCUGAGAGACAACUUACAAGUACUAAUCCCAUAAUUAGCCUUAGGUAUCAGCCAUAGCCAUGGAAUACCCCGGAUAUGGUAAGUACAAAAACGAAUAGCCCAAUGCUGAAUUCAUAUUGAAAGAUGCUGAAUAUGUUUACAAUUAUCUUACCAAAAGAUUGGGUUAUAACGAAAAUCGUAUCAUUAUUUUUGGUCGAAGCAUUGGUAGUGGACCAGCCACCUAUCUUGCUAGUAAAUACAAGCCAGCCUGUCUUGCUUUGAUGUCUCCAUUUACAUCAUUAAAGGCUGCUGUCAGAGAUUAUGUUGGGUCAUGGGCCUAAUAUCUUAUCAGAUAGAGAUUUGACAAUUUAGAUCAAAUUAAAAAAGUUAAGAUCCCUACCUUUAUUUUACAUGGUAAAGCAGACAACAUUAUUCCAUACACUUAAGCACAGGAGUUAUACAGUAUUUUCUUACAUAUAAAUUAGAAAAUUGUUAGGCAAGUUAAUGCAUUAUGCAUUUAGCAGAUGAUAUGGAUCAUGUUAGUUAUAGAUUAUACAAAGAUCUAAUAAACCCAUUUACUGAAUUCUUAUUAUAAAUCAAAUAUUAUCAGAACUGUUCUUAAGCGCCUAAAUUGCCUACAGUUCUGUUCUGUGAUCCUACCUUUGAAUGA